AUGAGGAUUUCAACUGCGGUUCAGUCAAAUCGCAAGAUGAGCGCUGAAGAUGUUGACAACUGGGCCAGCACCCUGUCAGCAGAUGAAUUUGAGCACCUUUGUGUUAUGGGACCCAACUCUAGAACUGAAUCUUUCCAACAGUAUGCUACCACCAACCUUGACCAACUGACUCUGAUGCUUACUCAACAAACCUCAUCAACUCAUGAUCACCUUGAACAACCAUUGACUACACCUAUUGGCCUCCAGUACACCAGUAAUAAAUUCCACUACCAGCCUGAUAACAUUAACAACAAUGAAUUUGACCAACAGCAACUCCAUCCUCAAGACAACAACUUUGGAUCUAAUCACUACAAUCACUUUGAUGAAUACCUGUCUCAAAUGGAGGAAAAUUUAGAUGGUUUGGAGACUGUUGAUGUCAACAGUGGUUUUGAUGAUGGUGGAUGGGACAACAGUGGUUUCGAUGAAGGAUCUGAAGAUGGCGGUUUUGACAAUGGCGUUUUUGACUAG